GGUUUCACCGAGGUUCGAUGGACUUCUCUCCGAAGGUAAUGUGUGUUAAUGUGAUGAAAAGCGCACACAGGCCUACAGGCGGCCUACGGACCAACGAUAAGCUAUGACGAUGAUCAGGUGAUGACCAGUGGCGAGAAUAACAAAUGGAAACAACAUUUUGGGAUUUCCCCAAGAGGUGGGAGGAGGGAGGGAAGAGAGAGAAAGAGACUGUGGACUGAAGCGGCAAGCGGACUGAUGUCAUGGUGUAGUCAGUUUUGGGUCUCAGGCACCGCCCACAAUCCCAUCCAACCCACACCACACUCAACUCACUGCAUCAUCGUUGGAUUUUCCUCUUCCGCAUUCUUUUUCCCUCCCAUCUUUUAUCCUCAUCCGCUUAUUCCCAUCCCAUCCCAUCCCACCACAUCCCACCAUCACCACCAACCCCUCCCUCCGCUACCCGCUACCGCUAAAACUGCAUAUCGCACGUUUAUUCGGUCUUCAAUGUGGCUUUCCAAUUUGGGUUGACCUAGCCCCCUUUGUGUGUGAUGACUGAGGUCUGACACCUGCUGGACGGAACGUGUUUCACCACUCCCUAUCACCUACUACACUAGUAUCUUAUGCUUAGCAUCCAUCCAUGUCGCCCAGCAACUAUCCAUCGAUUCAACCAACCCGCUCUCUUUCCCAGUCGGAUGAGCUGAUGGUAGGUGAAUCCCUGAUCCUGCAUCUUGAUUCAUCCUUCCCCAACUU